AUGGGGUCAUGGCUUGGUCACCGCUGGGCAGGCUGCGCGCCAGGCCGCCUCCAUCGGCCGGUGCAGGAUGACCGUCGGCACCACCAUCCUCACCGGCCGACCCCGCUUCUCAUCCUCCUUUUCGCCUCGCUGUUUCGGGUUACCAGUGGCAUCGGCAGCUCACCCCCGGGUUGCGGUUUGGUGUUCAAUGGAGCGGAGCUCCUGGACCCGGACACUCCCCUCACCAUCUUUCUGCCCGAGAACACUGCCGUGCCCUGGCACCUCGCAGCUCUCACUCCAGCGGCCAACCUGUCCGGUCUCAUCGUCGUCAACAGCUCAAUCCCCCAUGUCUUGAACCUGACUGCCAGCUCCGACCACCAGCUCCUGCAGGGCUGGUGGCAGCUCGAUUACGAAACUCAGCCUGACAUACCCGUCCUCCUGUCGGCUCUUUGCCAUGUCAAUGCCACUGAUUCAUGGACCAUCAACUGGCGUCUGCGCUUACUGGUAACUGAUAUCAACGAACCGGUCACCUUUGCCCACGCGUCAUCAUCUGUGCGCCUCUCCCAGUUGGGCCCGGCUGCUACGGCUCUUGGACCGCUAAUCCAAACCCAGGAUCCCGAUGCUCCCACCUCGCCUUGGGGUCAAAUUCGUUAUAGUGCCCUAGCCAUCACGGAUCCCAGCGACCCAUCCACUUUGGCUGUACAGGCCGAUCCAACCACGGGCCUCGUCUUUGCCACAGGUCCCCCGGGACGCUACACGAUCAUGGUGAACCUGACCGCCACUGAUGGAGGCGGUGCUGUCGACCACCUGCAGAUCGAGGCCGAUGUCUUUCUUGCCGCUGUUACUUGCCAGCAACCCACGCAAUGCCUUGUUCUCAGAACCACAUCGUGCCUCAAUCCAUCGGCCGCAUCCUUGCGGGCCUUGAAUGCACGACGCGGAAACAUGUGCUCACACACCUCGAAUGGUUGUGCUGCUUCCCCCCCCCUCUUCUGCGUGGUGCCAGAGUCCAACAUAUCGCCGUGGCCAGUGGAGCAGCGCCGCGUCGACGUGCUGGCCCGACACGAUAUGGAGCUCCUGGAGGCCCGAAUGCACAACUAUGACGAGAAUCAUCUGGCUCAAGCUAGCCGAUUUGGUCUGGUGGACAAGGCCCAGCACCAUGCAGGGCACGAGCAGCUGGUCUUUGACGCCGGGGCUCUUUUUAAGGAUGGGCGUGUGGCUACAGACUUGUUCCAGGGCUGCAGUCUCACCGUUCUCGAGCUGCGCACUGCGGCUCGCUUGCUACACGACAUGGCCUUGCAAGGCGUUGUGGACAUUCAUAGUCUUCACACCAUCAUGAGCUCUAGCGUCCACAAGCAAUGGCCUUGGGAGCAGCACUUUGGCCUAACGGAGCAAGCCUUGUCCGUCACCUCGGAGCGUCUUCACACCGACCUCUAUGUGGGCAUGCUGGCGCUUUGCGUUCGUGGCAGUGCCGUUGAUCGCCUGACGCUGCUUUUUGAUACGUUUGGACCACCCCGUGGUGGCCUUGCCUGCGGCUACCAUGGCUGCAAGUACCGUUCGUCGAUCGUGCGCUCGCCUUACAACCGUACCUCCCUUUGGAUAGCCGAGCACGAUGAGCACGAUGAGAAGUUGCUGGCCGGGGCUCAGCUGCGUCGGGCCGUGUAUGUGUUGUAUGACCUUUGUCGACUCAACACCACGCGCGCACCUUUCCCGCCGGCCGACAAGGAGACUUUGUAUCGGCAGUUUCGAAAAGCGUUGGACGAUCGUGUUCGACGAGAGGGGUUGACCUGCGAAGGGUUCAUUAAGCACGCAUCAGCUGAUCCCAGCGGUCGUGCUGUCGUCGAGCUCUUAGUGGCGAACGGGGCCGACUUUGGCAUCGAAGCAUCGGAACAGGCCGUCCUGCCCCCAGCAAAUCAGGGGGACGGCUCGCCCAGGUCAGAGAGGUCCAAAACCACAAGAGCGGCGAUGCCAGAAGGCCACCCCUCCUCAGCACCGGCCACGGCUCUAGAGGAGGACCAUCGUCGCCGCAAGCGACGAGUCAUUGCGCUGCCCGAGGUGAUGCGCAGCACACGCGCCUUGUCAUUCGAGGACCGUAGCAAGCAAUUCGGUCGAGCUGCUCGCGUGGACAGCAGCCAAGGCAUGCAAAUUGACAUUGUUUCCGCUCCUAUGGGCAGGCCCUCUCUGGUUGACCUUUUCCUUCCAAAGAAGCGCGUACAGGAGGGAAUGGGGGCACGGUCGAUGCAGCGCGCUUGUCCACCCGCAACACCCACGCUGGCCACACCCAUGCUGAUCGUCUUUCCCAUCUCCAUCGCCUCCCCAUCCUGCUCCAUUCUCGCUCUCUCAUUCACACAUUCUCUGCCUCUCUGCCUCUCUGUCUCUCUCUCUCUCUCUGUGUCGCGCGCGGUCGUGCCGGGACCGCCUCCCGGGGAGCGAAAAAACAACAAAAUGAGCGACGUCAUGUCUGGGCUGGUGGAGGAUCGGGUGCGCAUUGAGCGUCGCACCUUGGAGUAUGUGUUACAAGGGGAGCAUGUCUUUGACGCUAUUGCCCGCAAGCAUGGCAUCCAAGCUGUGACGGUGGAUCGCAACUUUAAGAUUGGUGCUCGCUCCAAAAAGGAUCCAACCAUUCGCAUUUUAGCUCGAUCCGAUCAAGGCGCACAGAUGCUGGCAGCUCGGCAGGAGAUCUUGCGCAUCUGUGACACACGUAGCCAUCGCAUGGUCUUGCGAUUGGAAAUUGUCAACGAACAGCACUUUUACAUCAUCGGCCGCAAAGGCGAGAAUAUGAAACGCGUAUCCUCAACCACUGGCUGUCAUUGUCACUUUCCCGAUCACGUGCGCCGUGGCCAGCCCAUCAUGUCGGCUGCUAACCAAGGCGCCAAAGACCAGGUCAGCAUCUCUGGCCAGCCCGACGCCGUGGAGCACGCUCGUCGUCAAAUUCGAGGGCUCAUGGCGAUUGUGUUCUGGUUUCACUUGCGUGGCGUUGAACGAAUCGACACCACGGAUAUCCCGCCGGCGGCGCGCACCGUGUGCGAGGAGUACGCGCUGACACUUUUUUUCAAGCCUGGCAACCAAGGCACCAUGGUCAUGAUCAAAGGCCACAACAUUGCUGGCCGUGCAGGAGAGGGCCUCAAGGCGCUGGGCGACGCCACUGGCACCCUAAUGUAUUUUACCAUGCCGGGCCAAGAUACAGGCAUGAUGAUCGAGGGCCCACCUCAGUGUGUACGAGCUGGGCUGGACAUGAUUCAGGGCACCAUGCCCAUCAGCUUGACGUUUGACCUUGUGGAGGAGAUGGCGCUGGAGCUGGACGACAAAUCUGGCCGCUCAGGCAUCGACGCUGAAGUCCUUCUGGCUCAGAUUCUGCGCGCACAGGAGUUACAGGGCCCAAUCCUUUGGUCAUGGAGUCACGAGCUCCGGGCUCGCCACUUGCCCCCUCCCCGUUGCGCACGAGUCUUGCCACGCAAAGUCGUGGAAGCCAAAGCCAAAGCCAAAGCCAAAGCCAGUGCCAAAGCCAAAGCCAAAGCCAGUGCCAAAGCCAAAGCCAAAGCCAGUGCCAAAGCAGAGGCAGCCCCCUGCUACUUUGCGGGUGAUGGGUUUUCGUUUUCAAUGCCGGCCACUGAGUUUAAGCGACUGCAGCGUCAGGCGCUAGAGCAAGCCGAGGAGGACGCACACCUGCACCAACAGUCUGCAUUGGGCCAGGACGCGGGGGUCGCAUCCUACGAAGCGUUGCGGGACGCAGCGGAGGGCAGCCGGGGCGGAAGGCCCUGGCCAUCUUUGUCUCUCUCCUUCAACGGUGCUUUGCCUAGCUUGGCGCCGGGUAGUUCACCCGCACCCAGUGCGCUGGGUCAAGGCACGCUCGGACACAUUUCAGAGCGGCAGGGGGAUGCUCACCAAGCUGGGGUCUCCCCGCUGUCAGCGCCGCUGAGCCCGCUCAGUCAGGCCAGUAGCGGGGUCUUUGGGGGACAUGCGCAUGCGCUCGACUCCCAGCACCCGAGCGAGGAUGUCUUUGACUUGGAUAUGGAACGAGAACCCAGCCCCUCCACGCCCAUGCCCGAGGUGUCGGGCGAAGUGCGCUCCUAUUUUAAUAUUCGCAGCCUCCCUGAGCUGCUGGCCAAGCUGAACCUCCACAAUUACGUGCAGGUGUUUGCGCAGCAAGAGGUUGAUCUCUGCACGUUUCUUUCCUUGUCGGAGGAAGAUAUGAAGCAGCUGGGUGUCUCAACUUUUGGAGCGCGUCGCAAAAUGGCCAUGGCGAUCAAGGAGCUGCGCGAGCUGCGAUCGUAUGAUCAAAGUUUUCUGGCCACCGUGUAUGACCUGUCCGGGCACGAGGAUCCCUCUUUGUCGGCCAAUCGCUCGCCCGCCACCUCGCUAAAUCUCAGCAGCGCGAGUUCCCGGAUGAGUCGGAGUCAUGCUUCACCGUUGGCGCAGAGCCUAAACGGCAGCGCGCGUGCCAGCAGCAGCAACCUCGACAAUAAGUUUGCAUGGGCGCGUGAUUGA